CAACAGCAACAUCGUAGAUCGUUCUUUCCAAUCAAUUCUCACCAUACAGUGUUUUCCCAUUUAUUAUACCUCAGUUACGGAUGGUUAUCGGAAUUGCGGAGUCGCGUUGAAGUGGCGAGGGUGGCGGCACACUACCGUGCUAUCAUUAGUUGAUCAAGGGCGGUACGGCAUGGUAGUCAACAUGGAUUUAGAUAUCGUCGUACAAAAACUUUGGCCGCAGUUUGCAAACAAAACAGGAUUAAGUAAAAAUGGAUCAUAUACUCUUGUCCAAGAUGAUAGAAACAUGGAGAAGCUUUUGGAGGAGUUUAGGAAAGGCUUGCUGAUUUAUAAGACACCUAGUUCUCAGGUUUUGAUGAGUUUGUACAUUCCGAUUUUUCUCGUUGCCUUCUUUGGGAACCUUACAAUUCUAUUUGUGGUUUUGCCAAACAAACACAUGAGGAAUGUUACGAAUUGGUUCCUGGUAAAUUUAGCAGUAGCAGAUCUAUUAGUUACAAGUGUAUGUAUCCCAAUGGCGAUCGGUCUCAGUAUUUACAAGGUCUGGAUCUAUGGCGGAUUCAUGUGCAAGUUGUCUCACUACUUACAAGGUGUAGCAGUAUCUGCAAGUAUCGUGACACUGACUGUGAUGGCUUUAGAGAGAUACCUGGCAAUCCGACAUCCCAUAACAUUCCGUCGAGUAAGCACCUCCCAACACGCCCGGGCGGUUAUCACCGUGGUCUGGAUCACCGCCUUCACGAUCAUGGUGCCGCUGGCACUAGUAAGAGACGUAGAAAUCACGGACUUGAAAUUCUUCGAGACUUUGCCUUUCUGCACCGAACGCUGGGUAUACGUCGAGAAGCCAAUCUACAUGACGUGUUUAAUGGUUUUCGUUUACGUGAUCCCUGGCUGUGUGAUAACACUUUCCUAUUCCUUCAUCGGGUGUCAGCUGCUUAUCACGGAUGAAGGCCUCCAUCGGAGUGACUCCAGAGCGGUCCAUGACCAGACCCGCGCGCUGAUGCACAGCAGGCGGAAAGUCGCCCGGAUGCUCAUGUGCUUGGCUAUCUUGUUCGCCUUUUGCUGGAUGCCCUAUAACAUUUGCUCUUUGUACAUAGACCUGCAGACUGCAGACAACAUGGAUGUAGACUCCCUGACAGCGCUUCCCUUCACCCUUUGUCUUGGUCAUUCCAAUAGUGCCUUGAAUCCUGUGCUCUACUGGUUUAUGAAUAAAAGCUUUCGGAAGGCUGUGAGGAGGAAGUUUGGCUGUAGGAGGCGGAGAUCAGCAAAGUCUUUUAAGUCACCUACGCCGCUAAAUGUAAUGGUGCACUGCACUAAAGAAAAUGGGAAGAUGAAGGCAUCUGUUCAACUGAAGCGUCCGAAAUUCAGAUUGUGGAGCAGGAGUAACUCUUCAACGAGUCUACGGUACUCACGGACUGCUUCGAGCUUCAAAUCUCGCCGGACAGAUCUGUCCGAGCGGCCCAACUCGCCGGGAAAAUCAACAGUGAAUAUUCCGUUGAUUGAAAUCCAUAACGACGACCCCUCGAGGUUGUUCGCUUCUCAUAAGGCUACCUCAAGAGACAAGCGAGAAAUAAUGUGCUAUCAUUUGAGUAUACCUACAACGAUUAAUGAGGAGACAUCCCGUUUUAGAACCGAGAUUACUCCGAGUCCGAUGGAUAUGAAGUCAUUUAUUUCGAUACCAGAACGGACGAACGAUACAUGUGAUAGCUCACAGGAUUCGAGUAAGGAAUUAACCGUCCUACACAUGAGCGACUUAACCUUGACCCACGACAGCGAUGAAAAAGAGCCGGUAGAAAGGACCAAAGAUGGUGCUGCAGUGCUUGUAGUGCCACAAGAAACUCUCCGUGCAGGGCGUGUGCGCAGUUCGAGUGUAAGUGAUUGCUCGUGUGGUGCCUCGCGUGUAGACUAUUUAGUACUUCCUAAUUCUGUGCCUAAAAGCAAAAGUUUUGAAAUCAAGCUAAACACACAAGAUGCUUUUGAUUCAAACAUAAAGGAAGAUGUAAAGAGUAGUUCGGAUAACGUAGUUAACAUUCAGUUACAUAUAAGUUUACCCUCUUGUAAGUAUUAUUCCCGCCCCCAAAGUUCUGUGGAAACAUCGGAGGAAGAGACGGAUAGCACUACAUGUAAACACAGAACAAGUUGUACGGAAGAUAGCCAUUUGUUAUCAAAUGAAGACGACAGGGACUUGGCAACAUACAUGACAUGAAGGUUUGGUCUCAACGAUUCUGAUACCUGAACCUAAUUGCUUGUUGAAAAUAGAUUCAACAAAUGCAGAGCUUUUGUUCAAAUUGUAUCCGCUUAGGAGAGUAACUAUUCAAAUGGAACCACAUAGAAAUAUUGCUGGCUGGUUUAAGCCUCAUUUUAGUACGAUUUCGCAUCAAAGCGGAGUUCAUCGUCAUCAUCAUUCUUCAUCAUAUCGCUGUCAUCGUCGUUCUCAUCGACAUCAUUGCAUCAUCAUCAUCAUCCUUUUGGUCAUCAUCAUCGUCAGCAUCAUCAUUAUCAUUUUCAUCAUCGUCACAGUCAUCGCAAUCAUCAUCUUUGACAUCCCCGCAUCAGCGUCCUUUGCUCUCAUCAUCAUUAUGAAAAGCAAAAUAGAGACAGCAUUGUCAUUACCAAACUACUGACACCCACUUUUUUUAAAGCCGAUUUAAUUUUCGAAGUCUACGGUCUUAUUCAACAGGGUCCAAGAAGCAAACGACAAGGGAUACCUUUAUCUUAAUUACAACAUUUUACUAAAUGCUAGAGUAGCAAGGAUCUGUCAUAAACGUACCUUAUUGUAGUUCUGAUACUUAACCAUGUAAAUGCUAUGUGAAAAUUGAUCCAUGAGUGGCAACUGUGUCCCCAUCUUUGUUUCCUUGUCAUGACUUAGGUUUUGUUAUGUUCAGGGCUCACGCCUCGAGCCCUGACUACAUCAACAUCUACUUCAACAUCAUGUGGUUCAGGGUUCCUUGAAAAACUGCAAGUAAAUUAAAUUAUAUCAGAAAGUGUCUUGCGCGAAUAAUAUUACCGCUGCAGUAACCCUACUAAUCACUAUCACACAUUCAUUCUGUUAGUUUAAGCAAGCAGGGUUUCGCACGAUUAUCAAAGACUGAGAUUUCAGUGAAACUUCUUUUAAACCAUUUUGAUUUGCAUUCCUCUUGGGAAGAGUGUAAUGUAACUUUGUGCCGAAACCUGGGAGACAGGGUGCCCGGAUGUGGUCACUAGAGGGUAGGGGGUGGGGCUGGGGGUGGGCGGAGUGCUACCAUUCUACCUAAGUAUUAGCGACGGCUUGUUGGAAAUGAAUGAAGUUAUGGUACGGACUAUCAUUGCAAGCCAAGAGUUUAGAAGGCAAUCAGGGAUCGAUUUUGAUUGUCUAAUCAGGAUGAACCAUGUCCGUGUUCCACUUUAAGUAGGCCUAUACAGGGAGGACUUGUAGUUGUAUCAAGGAGGCAUUGGAUGAUGGUGGACGUGAGCCGCUGGCUCUAUCCAUUUCCCAUCGAUCAUUAAGCCUUAUGUAAAUCUAAAUUUGAAUGCAUUAUACCAUGCAUGCACGACGGAUGUGAAUGUGGCCGUCUCACGCCUCACGACCAGUCUCCAUCGACCGGUUUUUAUCCCCGAAAUACACACUUCAUUAAUCAAAUUUCAAACCAAGCAGUGUCAGGUUACCAAAUCACGAUGGUUUCUGACCAGUGUACAUCCGAAAAAAAAUCGACAUUGUGACAGAGAUUGCAUUGGCCAACGUACCUUUGAAGCGAGGGACCCUGAGAGCCUGAGUCACUCAUACGUCGUAGUUCCAUAAAUAUCCGGGCGCUGCCGAUCGUGAUUUCAAGUGGGCGGGAGUGAUUGUGCAAUACCUGCUGGCCAGUUACUCCAGCGUUUUGUUUUUCCUCUUUAUAAACAAAAUAACAUUUAUUUUACUCCUGAUAUCAUUUGUAUCUGGUUUAUCAUGGGAAUCCAAAAGAAGCAACGUUUAGUAGGGGAGCUUUUAGCUUAUAUAAUUUUUAUGUUUUGGCAUGAUCACCCAAAGUGCAUGCGAGUGCA